AUGUAUGAUCUUAACCACCCGGUGUAUAAGAAACUGCAGGGCAUAGGCAAAGAUAUCACAACAAAAGUGAAGCCCAAGGCCGUCGUUGUAUUUUCCGCACAUUGGCAGUCAGAAGGAAGCAACAAAAUCCAAGUCAACACAAAAGAAAACGCGGACUUGAUUUAUGAUUUCUGUGGAUUUCCCGGACACUAUUAUCAAGAGAAAUAUCCAAACGUUGGCAGCAAGCAAGUAGCUGCGUUGGUCAUAGAUGCGCUCCGAUCAAAUGAUAUCGAGGUUGAACCGGUCGACAGAGGCCUGGAUCAUGGAGUCUGGGCGAGCUUCAAGGUGGCUUUUGAUCCAGAAGAAAACCCUUUGAACGCACCCCUCGUGCAAGUCUCUCUCUUCUCUUCAGAAGAUCCUUACCAACAUUACAACCUGGGCCGAGCGGUGGCCAGUCUUCGCUCGCGAGACAUUGCCAUCAUCGUCUCUGGCAUGGCCGUGCACAAUCUCCGCGAUUUUCGAUUCACCGCGGGAACUUCGCGGCCAAUGCCCUACACGAUUAGCUUUGAUGAGGCCUUGAAAGACGCCGUAACCAGUCUUCCUGCAGAGCGUGAGCAGAAGAUGGCAAAUCUCCUCACGCGACCAGAUGCGAGGCAAGCACAUCCAACAUUUGAUCAUUUGCUACCCAUCUUUGUUGGUGCGGGUGCAGCAGGAGACGACGUUGGGGAGCGGCUAUGGACCCUGAAGGAAGGUUCUUUCAGUUGGGCUCAGUACAGAUUCGGUGAAGUGGGGGCCAAUUAA